ACAACGCUUUCACCCCAGAAGGGCAAUUGCGAAUAUCAAAUCUUCUUUGAAACCCUAAUCUCCAUUUGCAAAAAGACCGGGUGAAUUUUAUGUAUGCUUGCUUGGAUGAAUAUGCCUCUAUCUCUGUCGAGGCUGGGCCAAUCGUUGCCAUUUUCCAGAUUUUUCAGGCAACUGGAGAAGGAUAUGGAAACUGUGGUUAAGGUUCUUCAACCUGGACCCUUGGGAAUUAUUGAACACAAGUUUACAGUCGAGGAGAUACAUAGGGCAAAUUCAACUGUUAGGAGAGCUGUAGAGAAUUGGCGUCGGAGUGCCUACAUUGAGCAGAAUAGUCCUUUCAUGAAAGAUUUCAUUGACAAAUGACAAAACACUUGUUAGUUUAUUUCUCCAAAUAAUGUUCUGAUCCAAGAUCAAAUCAAGUAAAUUUUUAAGCCCUUGAAUACUUUGUAUACAUGCUUAUGUACUAUCGGCUGUAAAUUUUUGAGCUCCUGAAUACUUUGUAUACAUGCUUAUGCACCAUCGGCUUCACUGGGAGCAGUUUUCUUUCAUUAACUUGGAUUCAGCACACAGAGUCAUUUUCAAGCGAAUCAUCAAGGAUAGUUCCUCUUAAGAGCUUAUGUACUAUCGGCUUCACUGUGCAUGAGCUUGAUCAAGAUGCAUAGGGGAGAGAAAUGGAGCGUGCCUUAAGAGCACUAGGCUGCAACCCAACUGUUCCGGCAGUGUUUAUUGGUGGUCGAUAUGUCGGCUUGGCUAAAGAUGUAAUCUCCCUUCAUGUUGAUGGAUCUCUAAAGCAAAAGCUGAUUGAUGCCAAGGCUAUUUGGUUUUAGGAAUCAAUAUGGUAGCACCUAAUAUAUUAUGUUAGUGCCAUAGUUAUCAUGUGAAGCUUGUGAACUGUAAUUAAGAGCUUCCCUGGUUUUGUAAA